UAAAAAGAAAAUGCUUACUUUCAUUCGCGAUAUCAGCCUCAAAUACAAAUGCAGUACAUCAACACAAAGAAAUUAAAACAACCAUGGCGAAAAUUUUGGAAGAAAACAGCUCAGGAUCGGAGGGAGGGAUCCCACCCACGGGAUCAAGCUCCAACCUUUCCUUCACCACCCUCCCCCAAAACUUCCUCUGAUCAGAAAGUUUACCUAAGACAACAAAACCCAAGGAAAUGCACAGUCUCCUCCGGUGAUCUCCUUUCUCUUGCUCUCACCUCCGGUAAUCCCAAACUCAGACCAAAAAGAACAAUCGAAUCAAGAGAACCCUCUUCUCUUUACCGGUCCUUCCUAUUUAUACCCCCUCAAACAAAACCCUAACUCCCCCCUUUCACUCCUCAUCCAAACCCUUCAAUUUUCCUUCUUUUUCCUUCCACCGUUGAUCGGGUGAGGCCAAAACUGGCCCUGCAGAACAGCUAAGAAAGCUGGAAUGUGAUGUCAUUCUGCAGCAAGGCAAUGACAUGGUGCGGAUAUGUCUCAUGCUCGGUUGGCUGCAGAGACAAAGGCGCAGCAGCAGGGUCAACGCAGCAGGGGGCGCAGAGCAAGGAAAUCUGGGCGUGAUCCAGGCGCAGGCUCGGUGCAGCAGGGGCGCAGAGGCGCAAAGGGGAAAGUGCAGGAGUUGGGCGCGGAGUGCAGGAGCAGAAGCGUGCAGGCGCAGCAAGCAGGGUAUCUGGGGCAAGGAUGCAUGGGCGCAGGGCGCAGGGCGCGGGCUGGUUUGGGAAAAAAAACAAAUUGAUGGGGAAAGAGAAGGUUCCAGACACCUUUUUUUUUUUUUUUUGGGUUUGGUAUUUGGGUUUGGAUAAUUUAGUGGGUUUUGGUUGGGUUUGGGUCUUGGUUUAAAUUUGCUGGUGGGCUCAAUAAUGGGGUUUGGGCUAGAUUGUGGGUUUUGGUAAUUUUUCAUCCUCAGCCUUUCAAUUUCUUCGAUUGAGUCCUCUUUCUUGAGUUUCUUUUCCAAUUUCUUCUUAAAUUUAUUUUUGCAUGUAGUCCCUGAACAAAAAUAAAAAUAUAGAUAGCUUAGUUAA